CAGGUAGAAAACAUAUGAUUGAUGUGAUUAAAAGAAACAUGGGAAAUCCAUGAGAAAUUUAUAUUCUUCUACAGUCGGAUCACUCAUUGAUUUAGAAAGAUCGACCAGGUCACAAAUUUCAUCCGGCUCAAACCUUCCUCUCCUCCUCUAAAAGGAUGGAUUGUGUUGGCAUUCCUGUGUGGAUGUCAAUCUAGAUUUAAGUUUCCAUGUCAUCCCAAAAAAGAAUUUUGUCUUGAAGAAUCCAUUGGUCUACCAGGUGGUGUCAGUGUACUCAUGGCCUCCUUGAGUUGGGAGUGUGUGCGGCGACAUUUUGCAUAGCUUUUAGUGUUUGAAUUUAGUUGAAAUGCUACUCGUUCUAAAUAUUAGAUUUUGGUAGAGGUGAUAAAAUAGUGGGUUCGGGCCGGGCCGGGCCGGGCGUUCCCCCCAAAAUUGGCCACUUGACAGGCCUGACCAAAUUUCUAGCCAAUUUUUGCCCAAAGCCCGCUUUUUAGGGCAAAAAUCGGGUUGAGCCAAAUUUGAACUAACACAUUCAUUUUUAGGUUGUCCAAAACACUUUUUAAACAAAAACAAAUCGGGCCGAAAAAAAUCUUCCCAAGUCGGGGAUCACUUCAAUCAGGUUGAGAUUUGGGUAAGGUAGUACCAAUUACCAAACACUAGCUUAUAGUUUUUGCUCAAGUUACCAAACUUAGCUUUUAGGUUUGUAUGUGCAGAAGUUAUUAAAGGUACCUUCAAGGGUAGUAUUUGAGUGAUUUAUUUACUUCACUACUUGGAAGUUGGAACUAGCUAGUUGUGGGCUUGUGGCAACUGGAGAACACCAACAUUUAUCAACUUGUAGUUGAGUAGUGACAACUUCUAACAGCUGACAAUUUCUAGUUGAAACGUGAAAAAUUCUAGUUGAAAAGUGACAUCUUCUAGUUGAAAUGUUGAAUAGUCAUAACUUCGCCAAUAGCUGACAGUUUGUAGAAAACAAUGACAAGUGAUGUUUGUUUCUGGUACUGAACAAUUUUGAACUAAAUGUGUGGUACAACAAUUAUCCUAUAUGAAGAUGGAUUAGGCAUUGGGAGUUUUUGAGAUUCAUAAUGCUAUUGUCUGGUCAUAAAAAUUACAAAGUGAAUAUACAUGCUUUAAGUAAUUUUUACUAGGGUUAGCUUGUUUUUGUUAAACUUAAUUUUCCUAAUACUUUUAUUUCGCUGGACAUUUUGUUGAACAUGUAUAAUAAUAAUAAAAUGAAAUAAUAUUAACAAUAAAAUAUAGAACUAUAUUAGCAAAAUAAUGAUAUGAUAACAAUAAUUAUAGCAAUAACAACAAUAAUAAUAUUCUUAUAUUUAUAUUCUUCUUAUAAUUAUUACUACAAAGUCUCCAUUAUAACAACAAUGAGAGAAUUGAGUAUAUUGUGAUUUUUAUUCCCUACAUAUUAAGAGGUACGUAAAAAAGGAGAAUCUCGUAUAAUUUUGAGUUAAUCUUAAUUUUUUUGAACUCAACUUAAUUUUGCUAAUCUUAACCUAUUUUUGCUGAACUUAAUUUAUUUUUGUUGAACUUAUAUUUGUUGAACUUAAUCUUUUUUGUACUUGAAUUUAAUUUAAUAAGUUGUGGAGAAUAGACGUUUAAGAGAUAUGUAACUUGUAAGGUAUAAUUAGCUUACUUCAUGUUGCUAAUGAGUCAGGUAAAGUUGUUGGUGGCGUGCACUACUGGCUACUGCCCUUCGUGCUCCUUGUGAAGACUUUUGGAGUGCCCUGCAUUUUUCUCUACUUUGCAUUAAUGAUAAAUUUUUGACUAAAACUUUAGAACGAUCCUGUAUUUAAAAAAAAAAAAAGAAACUUCAAUGCUCUCAUAUAUUCAAAAAGCUAAACUUUAUGUUAUUGUAUGGUUUAUUAGCUAUUACGCAUCCGAAAAAGAAUAUCAGGAAAGAAGAUUUUCUUGCAUAAAUGCAUCCAUAAUGUGAUAAUGAUUAAGGCUUCGUUUGGUUGGGUGUAAAAGAUUUUCACCGUAAAAUGAUUUUCAUGGAAAAUAAUUUACAAUAGAAAGCACAAUUCCAAAAUUAGUUUUUCGUUGUUUGGUUCCAUACUUCCAUGUAAGAAAAAUGAUGAAAAGAAAGGAAAAUGAAAGGAAAAGUAAGGAAGGAAUAAGAGGAGUGUACAAGAUAGAUAAGUAAAAAAAAAAAGGAAGGAAAACAGUUUUCCUUCAUUUUGAAUGGAAAAUGGUUUUCCAUCCUUGAGAGAGCAAUUAUAUUCCUAGGGAAAAUAGUUUUGCACUUCUUUGCAAAUCAAAUAAUGUAAAAUUGAAAAUAGAGGAAAACAAUUUUCAAGGAAAAUGUUUUACUCCCCAACAAACGGAGGCUAAAUAAGAAUUAGAAGAGUUUUUACCUUAUCAUUCAAUUGUUUUUAGACUUUAGUACCUUAAGAUCGUUGAAAAGCUAGAAACAUCAAAAUAAAAAAUAAAUUUGUUCCCUUGUUUUUAGAUUAGACAAUAAACAUGAUUAUUAUAAGUUUACAAUAAACAUGAAUAUUAUAAAUGUUUGGUAAGAUAGUAAAAAAAAAAAAAUAAUAGUGUUUGGUAAGAUAGUAAUGUAAGUAGCUUUUAGUGGUCAAGUAGUGUAGGGCUGACAAUGGGUCGGGUUGGGUCAAGAUCAGGUUGGGUUGGUGGGUUGCAAAUAACAGUAGGCAGCAAAUUAAAAUUAAGUCAUUAUAUAACCAUAUGAUAAUAUUGUUCAAAAUCAACAUAACUCUUGUUCAGAAUCAACACAAAUGUUCAAAAUUAACGCAUUACAACUUCGUAAGCAAUUGUUCAACCUUAAGUGUAAUGACUAAGUCACAAUGAGCAAGAGCAAUAGAGGACUCCAAAUUUUUUUAGGAAUUUUUUUAGCUUGUUUUUUCAUAAAUGGGUUAGGUGGCUCAAAAUCAGACUGGAAUUUUCAACCUGACCCAACCCAUUUAAUUAAACGGGUUGGGUUAGGUCAGGUCGACCCAUUUAAUUAAACGGGUUCAAAUUUUUGAUCUAACCCAUUAUUAAUGGGUUGGGUUCGAGUCAGGUUGACGGGUUGGGUAAUAUUUUGCCAGCUCUAAAGUAGUGUUUUAGUAGUGUUUGUCAAAAGCUACAAUUUGUAGCUUUUGUGAUAGCAUUUAGUGGUAUAUAAAUUAUAUAUUAAAGUUUUUUUGAGUUUUCAACUAGUUAUCUGUAUAAAUUACUAUUUUUUUAUUGAUGAAAUUCAUAUUUAUUGAAUAAAAGUGGUUUUUUUUACUGAUGAAGAGAACAGCCCCUAAAUCAAAACUGCCAGCAGUGCUUGGUAACUAAUAUGUUAAACACAGGGCAUUAUCCGUGCCAAUAACUGCUUCAGUUUUGGUAAAUAGUUCGAAAAACACAGGGCAUUUCUGGACUUGUUUUGAAGCCUAUAAGUGCACGGGUAUCAACUUUUAAGUUCUGAAAAUGGCAAUGUAUACCACCUUGUCCAGUGCUGUUAAUUUCUUCUUUUCUCUAACACUUCGCAAACUCUUCAAAGUUCCAAGAUAUAUGCAUAGGAAAAAUAGCACUCCCCUUAAUUCUUUUCAACUUAAGCUUCAAAGAAACCCUUCGGUUGUUGGGUUACUAUCAAAUGAGCUAUUCUCUAGUAGUGAUGAUGAUAAGACCUUGAUCUUUAACGUGGAAGAAACAUUGUUGAAAUCAUCUUCUUUGUUUCCUUACUUUAUGCUCGUCGCGUUUGAAGCCGGAAGUCUUCUUAGGGCAUUGCUACUCCUUAUUAUGUACCCUUUUAUAUGCUUGUUUAGCAGAGAAAUGGGGUUGAAGAUAAUGGUAAUGGUUUGCUUCUUUGGGAUUAAAAAAGAUGGUUUCAUGGUGGGAAGGGCAGUUUUGCCGAAGUUUUUUCUUGAAGAUGUUGGGUUAGAAGGGUUUGAAGUUGUGAAAAAGUGUAAGAGGAAAGUGGGUGUGAGUGACUUGCCUCAUGUGAUGAUCGAAAGUUUUGUAAGUGAUUAUUUAGAGGUUGACUAUGUUGUUGGAAAGGAGUUAAAGGUAUAUGGUGGAUAUUUUACUGGUUUAAUGGAAGAUAAUAGGGAGAUAGAUGUGAUUGAUCUUGAGAACAUUUUGGGAGAGGGUGAAAUUAUGGGUUCCACAGUUUUUGGAAUCAAUGGCACCAAAGCAUCCAUAAAACAUCCAUUUUUCUCCUUAUGUAAGGAAAUUCAUUUAACAAGUGAAGAAAUGAAGAGAAAAUGGCAAUAUCUUCCAAGUGAAAGCUACCCAAAACCUUUGAUAUUUCAUGAUGGAAGGUUGGCUUUCAGACCAACACCAAUGUCCACUUUAGCCCUAUUUCUGUGGCUACCUUUUGGAAUUAUUCUUGCCAUUUUUAGAGUUAUUAUUGGUGCAUCCCUUCCCCAUAAAAUAGCAACUCCAAUUCUAUAUUUCAGUGGUGUAAGGGUUAUAUCCUUUACAGCACACCCCACCAUCCUUCCAACAACUUCAGACUCUAUAUCCUCAUCUAAGGGUGGGAAAUCAUCCAAGGGUCAACUAUAUGCUUGCAACCAUCGGACAUUGUUGGACCCAGUCACCCUCUCCCAUGCUCUUCAGAAGCCACUUACUGUAGUCACCUACAGCCUGAGUUGGGUAUCAGAGAUCUUAGCGCCAGUCAAAACUGUCCGAUUGACACGAAACCGUGAUAAAGAUGCGAUCAUGAUGGAGAAGCUCCUAAAUCAAGGGAAUUUGGUGGUUCUUCCUGAAGGUACCACUUGUAGGGAACCAUAUCUCUUAAGGUUUAGUCCCUUGUUUGUUGAGAUGAAUGAUCAAAUCAUCCCUGUGGCGGUAGACUGUCAUGUAACCAUGUUUUAUGGAACUACUGCUAGUGGUCUUAAAUGCUUAGAUCCUAUUUUCUUUCUCAUGAAUCCUCGCCCUAGCUACACUGUCCAAUUGCUCGAAGCCGUCUCCAGCUUGUCCAUGUGUCGAGAUCUAAGCCAGUCGGCGUUUGAUGUGGCCAAUCAUGUUCAGAGAGAGAUUGGAGAGGCUCUUGACUUUCAGUGCACCAAACUUACUAGGAAGGAUAAGUAUUUAACUUUGGCUGGUAAUAAUGGAGUUGUUAGUUAGAACUAGCAUGUACACUUACUAGCAAUAUCAUUACUAGGAAUUAGGAUCAAUAGUCUUACUUCUCGUGUUAAAAGUUUCAAUCUCAAAGUUAUGUAGGUAUAUUCCCUCUCGUAUUAGUCGUGUUUUUAAAAAGUGUAUGUAUGAGGCAAGGAAAAAUUAGAAAUUAUUUGUGAGAAAUUGUGACUUUGUUUCUA